CGGCGGGGCCCGGGCGCAGGCCCUGAGGAUGUCGGACGGGAUCCUGAGCAAGGCAGCCACCAUGGAGAUCCCCAUCAGCAGCAACGGGGACACCAGCAGCCUGCCCGAGGACGAUGGCCUGGAGCAGGACCUGCAGCAGGUGAUGGUGUCAGGACCCAACCUGAAUGAGACCAGCAUCGUGUCAGGCGGCUAUGGGGGCACAGCCGAGGGGAUCAUCCCCACUGGCACCAUCAAAGGCCCCGGGCUGCACCCACCACCCCCUGGACCCCCACCUGGUGGAGAGGAGGUCGUGCGUGGCAUUGCCGUUGAGAAGUUUGACAUCGUCAAGAAGUGGGGGAUCAACACCUACAAGUGCACCAAGCAGCUGCUCUCAGAGCGGUUCGGACGGGGGUCCCGCACGGUGGACCUGGAGCUGGAGACUCAGAUUGAGCUGCUGCGUGAGACCAAGCGCAAGUACGAGAGCGUCCUGCACCUGGCACGGGCACUCACAGCCCACCUCUACAGCCUCGUACAGACCCAGCACGCCCUGGGAGACGCCUUUGCUGACCUCAGCCAGAAAUCCCCUGAGCUCCAGGAGGAGUUUGGGUACAAUGCAGAGACACAGAAGCUGCUGUGCAAGAAUGGGGAGACGCUGCUGGGUGCUGUCAACUUCUUUGUGUCCAGCAUCAACACGCUGGUCAACAAGACCAUGGAGGACACGCUUAUGACAGUGAAGCAGUAUGAGACAGCCAGGUUGGAGUAUGACGCGUACCGCACAGACCUGGAGGAGCUGAGCAUGGGCCCACGCGAUGCUGGCGCUGUGAGCCGCCUGGACGCAGCCCAGAGCCAGUUCCAGAGCCACAAGGACAAGUAUGAGAAGCUGCGGGCAGACGUGGCCAUCAAGCUCAAAUUCUUGGAGGAGAACAAGAUCAAGGUGAUGCACAAGCAACUGCUGCUGUUUCACAAUGCCAUCUCUGCGUACUUUGCCGGGAACCAGCAGCAGCUUGAGCAGACCCUCAAGCAGUUCAACAUCAAGCUCAAGACCCCUGGCGCCGAGAAGCCCUCCUGGCUGGAGGAGCAGUGAGCCCCCUGUGCCCCCCCCCCGGAUGGAGGAGCACACAUGGACCUCAGUUGUGGCCGGGGG